UCCCCGGCAAGCGGUGCUGCUUGCGUGCGUGUGGGUGCCUGGGGCGGGCAGAAAGGAAUCCCCCCCACGCAACUUUUCCUUCCUCCUUUUCACUCACUCGCUCCCCCUCCAAAAGAAAAAGAAAAACCCAAAACGCGGAGGGGGGGGGGAGAGAGUUUGAAACCAAGCAAGAACUCCUUGCCCCCGAGUUUCCUCUCUCACAGGCUGCAGUCAGAGGGAUGGAAGCCAGGGCAGCAAAGUGAGCGCCGCCGAGGCAGCUGCGUGUGUGCAAAGAGGAGCGGAGGAAAGCGCGGGGGGCUCCACCACCCCCGAAGUGAAAGCGGAGAAUAGCCGAGAGAGAGAGAGAGGAAACUUCUUCUCCCUUUGCCCCGCCGCUCUCGACCGGAGGAUCGCUCGCUCCGUCCGCGCGCCGUUGCCAGAGAGGAGCGAAGGUUGCGAGGCGCAGCAGCAGCAGCGCUGGACAUGAGCGAGUCGCGCCGCGGGGCAGCGGGGAAGGAGCGCGGGGCCGCCUCCGCCUCGCCUCCGCUCCAGGGUCCCGCGAAGAAGCGGAGAGGCAAGGGCAAAGGGGGCGCCGGCCGGAGAGGCGCUGCUCGCGAGGAAAGCGGGCCAGCUGUGCCUCCUAAAUUGAAGGAGAUGAAAAGCCAGGAAUCAGUUGUGGGUCAAACAUUAAUUCUCAGAUGUGAAGCCAUUUCUGAGCACACCUCUCUCAAAUUCAAAUGGUUAAAAAAUGAAAAGGAAAUAACAAAAACAAAUAGACCAGAGAACAUCAGGAUCAAGAGCCCCAAAAAACAAAAGAAAUUCUCAGAACUUCGCAUUUCUAGGGCUUCACUGGCUGAUGCUGGAGAAUAUACAUGCAAAGCAAGCAACAAGCUUGGGAAUGACAGCACAAGAGCUCGGGUAACAAUUACAGACACCAAUGAACUUAUAAACAAGAUUCCAGCAUCGACUGAAGGAACAAAUACAUCUUCUUCCACAUCUACAUCUACCACUGGGACAAGUCAUCUCACAAAGUGUGGUGUGAAUAAGAAAGACUUCUGUGUAAAUGGAGGCGAGUGCUUCAUGGUCAAAGAUCUCCCAAAUCCACGAUAUUUGUGCAGGUGCCCAAAUGAAUUUACUGGUGAUCGCUGUCAAAACUACGUAAUGGCAAGCUUCUACAAGCAUCUUGGGAUUGAAUUUAUGGACUCCAGGUGCUUGGCUGCUCAAUCAGUGCUUUCAGAAGCUGAGGAACUCUACCAGAAAAGGGUGUUGACCAUAACUGGCAUCUGCAUUGCUCUCCUAGUAGUUGGAAUCAUGUGUGUUGUGGCCUACUGCAAAACCAAGAAACAGCGGAAAAAGUUGCACGACCGCCUCCGGCAAGGCCUUCGAUCUGAGCGCAACCAUAGAGUCAAUAUGGCAAAUGGGCCUCACCAUCCUCACCCGCCACCAGAAAAUGUCCAGCUGGUGAAUCAAUAUGUAUCAAAAAAUGUAAUAUCCAGUGAGCAUGCUGUUGAGAGAGAAACAGAGACAUCAUUUUCUACAAGCCACUAUACCUCAACGACUCACCAUUCCACAACGGUCACCCAGACACCCAGUCACAGGCUUUUUAUUAGUUGGAGCAACGGUCGGACCGAAAGCAUAAUCUCCGAAAGCCAUUCUGUCCUUGUGAGCUCCUCAGUUGAGAACAGCCGGCAUGCAAGUCCGUCAGGCCCCCGUGGGCGUCUCAAUGGCAUCGGAGGGCCACGGGAAUGUAACAGUUUUCUCAGGCACGCACGAGAGACACCUGACUCCUACCGCGAUUCACCACACAGUGAGAGGUACGUAUCUGCUAUGACAACACCAGCUCGCAUGUCACCCGUAGAUUUCCAUACUCCAAGUUCUCCAAAGUCGCCUGCCUCAGAAAUGUCUCCACAAGUCUCCAGUUUAACAAUGUCUGUCCCUUCUGUGGCAGUCAGCCCGUUUAUAGAAGAGGAGAGGCCUCUCCUUCUGGUGACACCACCCCGGUUACGGGAAAAAUACGAGCAUCACAUGCAACAGUUCAACUCCUCUUACCACCAUAAUCCUGCGCAUGAAAGCGGCAGCCUCCCACCAAGUCCGCUGAGAAUAGUGGAGGACGAGGAAUACGAAACCACACAAGAGUAUGAACCGACGCAAGAGCCCCCCAAAAAACUAGUCAACAGUCGGAGGGCAAAAAGAACAAAGCCCAAUGGCCAUAUUUCCAAUAGGUUGGAAAUGAACACCGACACAAGCUGUGAGAACAGUACCUCAGAGAGUGAAACAGAAGAUGAAAGGAUAGGGGAAGAUACACCUUUUCUGAGCAUACAAAACCCCAUAACAGUUGACCUGGAAUCAGCUACUGCAUACCGACUGGCUGACACCAGGACUACCCAAAACAGUCGGUUCUCAACACAGGAAGAAUUGCAAGCAAGAUUGUCCAGUGUAAUAGCUAACCAAGAUCCCAUCGCUGUAUAAAAGAGAGAGAGACACAGAGAGAGAGAGAGAGAGAAACACUUAAAAAA